CUGACUAGGGCUCUUGGUUCUUCUGAAAGGCUUGGUUGGAAGUUUUCCGUGUUUUGGUUUGUUUGUGCAACCACGGGUCCCGACAAUGAAAAUGCAAAAGAAGAACUCGAGGAGGAUUUUGUUGAUAAGGAUGAAGAUGAUGAGGAUGACGAUGAUGAGGAUGAAGAUGAUGAGGAUGAUGAAGAUGAAGACGAUGAAGAGGUAGAGUCAGAUCCUCGUUCGACAUGCUCAGAAUCAACAGAUGUGGAUGUACUUGCCGAAUCAAAUGAAUUCCUACUCUCUGCCGCAGACAGAUUGCUGAAAAAUAAGCCAUGUAGGCCGGCAAUCCAUAGGGGAAAGUACACAGUCAAAACUUCCUUCGAAGCACCAUGCGCCUCUUCAACGCACUCCAAAAUGUCGAAAAUGUCCGCAGCCAUUACAAGGUUUCUAACGACCAAAUUAGGCAGCUGUUCGCUGUUGAAAAUAUAUGCUGGCGAUGUCGAGCAGAUUAAAGAUAAACAGAGAAAUGGAAGUAGUUGUGUGAAGCGCAGCACAAUCCUUAUCGUGGUGUCAUCUUUCAGCUAA